UUGGCCAAAUUCAAUUUCUCCUCAGAUCCAGACUUUGCAGACUUAGGAGUACCACCACCUCUGCCCUCCUGUCAGUACGACAUGGGCGGUCCGGAGGGUAUCGUUGAGUCUCAUCAGAUCACCAGAGAUGGCAAAGCUGGUGCCGCUGAGGCCGUCGACUGCAAAUGGUACAUCCGCGCUCCGCCACGCUCAAAGAUCUACCUGCGUUUCCUCGACUAUGAGAUGGCCAAUUCCAACGAGUGCAAGCGUAACUUUGUGGCGGUGUAUGAUGGUGGCAGUUCGGUGGAAGACCUGAAGAACAAGUUUUGCUCCACGGUGGCUAAUGAUAUCAUGCUAGUGUCCACGCUGGGAGUCAUCCGCAUGUGGGCAGAUGAGGCCAGUCGCAAGAGCCGCUUCCGCAUCCUUUUUACAACCUACCAAGAACCUCCCUGUGAUGCAGAUGCCUUCUUCUGCCACAGCAACAUGUGCAUCAACAACACCCUGGUGUGCAACGGCAUGCAGAACUGUGUCUACCCCUGGGAUGAGAACCAGUGCAAAGAGAAAAGGAAAGCCAACAUCUUGGACAACCUGAACAACACAAACGGAACCAUUAUCGGCGUCACUUGCUGCAUCGUGCUUAUCCUCCUCAUCGUCUCCGUCAUUGUCCAAAUCAAGCAGCCGCGCAAGAAGUACGUCCUGCGCCGCGAGGACUUUGACCCCACCAUGUUCCAAGAGGUCUUCGAGCCACCUCACUACGAGCUGUGCACGUUACGAAGCACCACCGCAGCUGCGGCCGCCUCGGCGGACCUCGUGGACCUGGCGGAGGACUUUGAGAACUACCACGCCCUGCGCCGCGCCUCCUCGCGCUGUGUCCACGACCACCACUGCGGCUCCGCCUCCAACCCCGGCUCCGCCCACUUGUCCCAACUGUCGCUCAGCGGGCGUGGGAGCCGCGGGAACUUGAACGCGCGGGACGCAGGGGCGGCUCUUCUCGCGGACCUGCCCCCGCAGCAGCCCAUGGCGGUGCGGCCGUUGCUACCGGCAACCGGUAACCGCCGCAGCAUCUUGGUCAUGAAGCACAGCUACUCGCAAGAGACGGCAGACAAUGGGUGCGACCUGGACGAUGACCUGGAGGAAGUUCCCACCACCAGCCACCGGCUAUCACGCCACGAAAAGGCAGUACAGCGGUUCUGCCUCAUUGGCUCUUUGAGCAAACAUGAAUCAGAGUACAACACAACUAGGGUCUAA